AUGGGCUACUACACCAUCAACCUUUCCUUCAAGAAGGAGCAGGUUCGAGAUCUCAAUACUGAAGGCUCCAAGCUCUGCUUCACCAGCGGCAUGGGCUCCGACUCCAAGUUCAACGUCAUCGCAUGGAGCGAUACGAUUGCGUCGACAGUGCAUAUUACCUGGAGGGAGGAUUACCAGGUUGCCGCGACUAAGGAUCAUUUUUCAGCAGGGGUCAAGUUCCAUGUCAGCACCAACCCCGCAGACAUUAAGUUCAAGGAAGUCUACACUCUGCCGCCCGACUGGACCGACGGCACCAUCAGCCAGGACUCCAGCCUGAGCGACACCUCGUUCCAGUUCGUCAACCAGACAGACAAGAGGGCCUCCGCCGUCAUCUACAAGCUCAUCCAGGGGAAGCCCACCCCUUUCUACAUCAGCCAGUCUCCCGUCUUCUCCCAGGGCAAUGAGGUCUUGACCCCCAAGCUCAAAGUCGCGCUGUGGUUCGAUAAGAACGUCGAAACGGGCACCAUGGUCUCCCAUAUCAGCUCGAAAAUUACCGCUAUUGACUUC